AGUCAAUCCAAUCCAAUCAAUUCAAUCGCAAUCGCAAAGCAAUGCCCUCAAUACCAACCCAAUAACACAAAAAAUAUCAAAAACAAAAAUAAUCUCCAAAAUGGACCGCUUCCUCCGCUACACCCUAAAACGCAGCACCCCAGGCCACAUCUUCCGCUUCGGCCUCAACAGCCUGGGAGUAUUCUGCGCAUGCACACUAAUCUGGGAACACCUGAUCACGGUACAACUCAGCGAAGGACCCUCGAUGUACCCGACCUUCAGUCCGCGGGGCGACUACCUUCUCAUAUCGCGAGUGCACAAGCACGGGCGCGGAAUCCAGGUCGGGGACGUGGUGCGGUUCUAUCAUCCCACGUUUUUGGGGGUCAAUGGAGCGAAGAGGGUUAUUGGGUUGCCCGGGGAUUUUGUGUGUAGGGAUUUGCCGUUUAGUAGGGAGGUUGGUGGGGAGGGGGAGAUGAUUAGGGUUCCUGAGGGUCAUGUCUAUCUUGCUGGGGAUAAUUUGCCGUGGUCGAGGGAUUCCAGGAAUUAUGGACCUAUACCCAUGGCGCUUAUUAAUGGGAAGAUUAUCGCAAGGGUGUGGCCGUUGAAUAAGUUUGAGUGGGUGAAGAAUACUUUGGAGGAGGCGGAUUUGUCGGGAUAAAUGCUGUUAUAUUAUGUUGUCUCGGAUGGAUACCCUUAGGUAUACGGCAUGGGAGUCUGGAGUUGGUGGAAUUUGUGCA